CUACAGAUGCUACAACAGCCGAAAUCGAAACUACAAAUGGCCCGGCUACAGAUGCUACAACAGCCGAAAUCGAAACUACAAAUGGCCCGGCUACAGAUGCUACAACAACCGAAAUCGAAACUACAAAUGGCCCUGAUACAACUACUGACAUUGAAUCUACUACGAAAGGCCCUGAUGUAGUUGCUACAACAACCGAGAUUGAAAUAGCACAAGGUCCUAGCACACACAUUACGACUACAACAAGAAGUAGCCCAAGUUCCAUCCCUCCCAUUAGAAUGCAGACUAGUAGCCACGGUGCAACCGCCACAGUCGGCAGUGAUGUUAUGCAAAGCUUCACAUCGCGUCAUCCGGAUAAAAUGAAAAAAGGUGAGAGAAUAUCUGACAAUUUUCAAUUCAACCAUUUGAUUUCAUUUUAUCUUUUCUUUAGAUUCUAAAACUCUAACCCGGCUUUUACAUUUAGUGUUCAUUGGGGGAAACAACUGUGGCAUAAAUCUCUCUCUCCCCUCCCCCACUUUUUUAAAAUUCUUUAGAUGCUAAAAUUCUAAAAUGUAAAAAAAAAAGUCACGUUUUCAUAGCGUUGUCUAUAUUUUAAAUCACCCUCGAACUCGGAGUGGGGAAGGGGGUUGCCGUGUAUGCACUUUGGGUGAGUUUCAGUUCCCGUACAACAAACUGGGGCAAAGUAAAAAACACAAGUCAAAAUUAUAAAAUUGAUUUUUUAAAAUUUUUUUUUCAAAUAAACAAAAGACUUGACUGGCGAAAGUUAGAACUCUCUCUCGAAAAAAAAUAAAGAGAGGUGGGGAGGGGGAAAUUCUGCCCUGUGGCUCUUUUGUCCCCCUUUCAGGAGAGGGCGACAUUUUCCGUCAAGUGCAACAAAAAGAAAGAUCGUUUAGAUAUUACAAUACGCAUAAUUUUAUUUUAUCAUAACUUACUAUUCAUUAUUGUGAGAUACUGAAACUCUGAAAACGUUGGUGAUAUUCUAAUCAUGGUAUUUUGCCUUACCGUUUGACCUAGUUAAAUAGUAAAAAUGGGGCCGGUGAAGGAGAGAAUGAACAAAACAAAGACAAGGGGGAUAAUCAGUCCAAUAUCGAUAUGUGAGAUAUUUUGGAUUUUGAUGCGACAGGCCGAACAGGAUCCCAUAAGCAUUGUGGUCUAGAGCAGUGUUUCACAAAUUUUAAGUUUUCCGGACCAGAGGACAAGUUUAAAAAAUUAACCACGGACCGAUGCCAGAUAUAUUUAUUAUACUUCAUUAUUAUUGAAGUUUAUUUAACCAUAAAUAAUCAUGUUGUGCAGACCGGGAACGUAAGGCUCGUGGACCGGUGCCACCAUCUGGGGAACUUUGGUCAAAAAAAUUCUUCAACAUUGAGUGCGAUGACACAAAUAAGACAAAAUAAAACAUAGAAGGAAAAAUCCCUUUAAUAUAUGCCAUUAAUUAAUGUGGCUUUUUAAAAAUCCUUUAUAUUAACUUCACUUUUCUUCAGGGCUGGCUGGGUGGUAAAAUCUCCUGGUGGCUUACUGACCCACUUUCCGUCAAAACCUAGGGGCCGUCCAUAAAGUACGUCACGCUCCAGAGGGGAGAGGGGGUGUACGAAAGUGUGACAGUUUGUGACAGGGGGAGGGGGGUCAGGCUAUGUGUGACGUCACAUAUUCUUUUUUUUUAAAUUUUAUUUCUAAUUUAUUAUUAUCUUUUUUUUAGUAGAAUUUAAUACCUUUAAAAAUAAUUUUCAAAAAUUGUGUGUAUGACUUGAACUAGCUUUAUGUCAAAAUAGCAUGAAAUGCUUAUCUCCUGAAUGUGUUGUUCACGAUUCCUCUCGCUAGGAGGGCUAGUAGGCUGUUGAGAAGCCUUGUUUUAUGUAUAGCCUUGCUUUCAUCUUUCCUGAAGCAUUAUUAUUUUUAUGCUGUCCGCUGCAUAAUUAUGUCACUGUCCUUUUUAUUAUUUAAUCAUUUGGUAAGGUCAAGUUUCUCUAAUAUACAUCUUAACCUGUGUAAAAAAUAGCAUAAUCGAAAGAUUAUCUAAAACUUGACCUCACCUAUUGUAAAUGAAAAAGCAGCAGAUAAAUUAUGUGUAGUAUAUAAUUGUCUAGUCUAAUUUUUGCAAUUUUUGUUUUCAAAUUCAAUCUCACUGCUUCAAUGAAUAACUGUGACAACUGUUGACAAUUAACUAUUCUACUAUUAAAGUCAUUUUAAUGAUGUGAUAAAGGAACUUAAGUGGAAAUUUUAUAUUUUAAUACAAUUUAAUAGUAAAGUGUGUUUUAGAUUAAAUUUUAAUUAGGUGUUAAUUUUUUUUUAAAAUUGUUCGAAAGUGUGACGUACUUUAGGGGGGGGGGUUGUCCGAGUUUUGUGACAGUUUGUGACGGGGGGGGGGGGGUUUAAAUAGGGUCAAAAAGGGCGUGACGUACUUUAUGGACGGCCCCCUAUCCAACUGAAACUUGGCACAUAGACCGUUGCCCAUAGCAGUUUUUUUUUUUUCAAAUUUUCAGCCCCAUACUAUGCAUACCUCAAACCCGACUCCCAUAAAUCAGUGUUUUCUGUUUUUGAAGGGACAAUGAUGGAAGCAUGAUGAAUCUGGUUUCACAAAAUUAAAUUACCGAUAACUGCGCUAAAUGAGAUUCUUUUUUUAAAAAAAUAACAUCGCAAGUGCGUUUAGUGCGUCAUAUUUUUUACUUUGUUUUUUUUUUUUUUUUUUAAUAGUUGGAGAAAAUAAAUCUGCUGUAUAAAAAUUAAGAAUGAAAUUUGCAGUUUGUAAUUUCACGUUUCCUUUACAUAAAAUAAUUGUAUAGUUUAACAAGACCUUUCUAUAGAAUUUUUUUUUUUUGUGUGUGUGCAGAUUUCUAGUAAAUUUUGUUGUUUCUGCAGCUGUCUCCAAAAGCCAAUAAAUCCGUCUCACCUAAAGACAACCGCUGCAUUAAAUUCCUUCCAAACCCAAUGAUAGUUUUCAAUGAAGCCUCCUACAAAGUGUAAAAAUUUUGUUUCGUAUAAAAUCAAUAGUGCAAAAACAAAACAGCUACCAAUAUCAAAUAAACUUAGGCAAUACAAUUAAGAGCUUCGCUCAAGUCCAACUCAAAGUGGCACUCCAUCCAAGUUUCACUCAAAUUGGGACUAGACUCAAGACCUACUGUUUUGUGUACUACAUUCAAGUCCCACUCAUCUUUUGGCUAUACUCAAGUCGCACUCAUAUUUGGGCUAUACUCAAGUCCCACUAAUAUCAGGGCUAUAAUAUUCAUUUGGGGACUACACUCAAAUCAUACGAAUAAUAUUCGCACUACACAAAAGUCCGUCUCAUAUGUCGCUAAAUUUUGUAUUUUAAAAUCUCUUUAAUUUUAACUCACCUUUUUAUGUUUUUUUGUAGACAAAUGUAUUCAAAAAACUGAAGAAGGCGUGUUCUUUCCAGAAACUGAAGUGGGUCUGAUAGUAACAACACAGUGUCCACAAAACUACCUUGGUAACUUUAGUAUUAAGAAAUUCGUUUUUAACAAUUCAUUUUGUUUUUUUAUUGUCUAUUUAUUUUUAAUAUUUUAAUACAAGUAUAAACAAAUCAUUUUUGCUGCUUUAAGGACACUUUGUCCACUAAUGUUGUACCGUGCCAUGGGGGGUGGCAAGGGCGAGCACCGGGCGAUGCAGCAGGCGAGGUGUGGUUGGUCGGUGCUUCUUUCGAGCAUCUCUCCCGGGGGGGGGGGGUCACUGCAGGGGUUGCAGGGCCCCAACGAUGGCUCUGGGGUAAAGUGAAACCUAAUUUUUUUAACUAGUCUCGCGUCCGUUGCGCUCCGAUUGAGUGAUGCAAAACUAAAUUUUUAACUAGCAUCUCUUCCGUUGCUCUCUAAUUAAGCGUAGAGUGAUGCACAAAUAAAUUUAUAUAUUUGCUAAAAUCCAUUAAUACAUUUCUAAUUUAACAAAGCAAUUUAAGGGUGACACUAAGCUAGUGCAAAUUAUGUAUACCCUCAAGGGCAUCAGCUGGAACGAUUUUAGUUGGGCUGGGCGGAUUUAAAGAUGUACCUGAUCUUUUUUUGGAUAAUUCUGACACUUCCAACUAGACUUUCGAAGUGACCUCUACUACAUUGUCUGAAAGAAACACAAACUUCAAUUGUGCACCAAAAUGCAUCCCUGCAUUUUGAAUCAAUCAACAUUUUUCUAUAAGUACCCCUGUCCCCACAUUUGCUUGAGAGUUUUUGGCACACUCAAUUUUUUUGUUCUCUCACGGUCUCACGCCAAUCGAAAUAAGGGUACUGGGUUGAAUCUAUGCUUGUGCCAAAUGAUUACCUUUAGGCGCGCCACAACCGGAGUGAAUUCAGUUUAUGUCAAUGUAUCGUACGGGGCGCAAAAAUGCCUCCCACGGACGCAUAUUUGUUUGCAAGAUACUUAGUAAAUUACUUGGUAGAGAAAUAGGUUUUAAAAUUUACACUAGUUUUGAAUCAUUCACGGUUUCGUGACAAGGGUGGCGGACAAAUAUCUCGAGCCACUUUGUUACGGCGGUCAUGUGACUUUGUCGCCGGACGAAUAUCUCGAUAAAGUAUUCUUACGGCGGUCAUGUGACUUGGUCGCCGGCCGAAUAUCUCGAUAAAGUUUUCUUACGGCGGUCAUGUGACUUGGUCGCCGGACGAAUAUCUCGAUAAAGUAUUCUUACGGCGGUCAUGUGACUUGGUCGCCGGACGAAUAUCUCGAUAAAGUAUUCUUACGGCGGUCAUGUGGCUUGGUCGCCGGACAGAUAAUGUGGGAGAUAUACGUCCGGCGCUCAUAAAAUAUGUGUUAUUAAUUUCUUUUUUUUUUUAAACCCUUUACACAGGCACCGUAAGCAGACAUUGUUUAAAAGACAAAACAUGGGGAUCGUUAGAUCUAAAUAAAUGUUUAAGAAAAGGUCUCGGUGCAAUAAUUGAUAAGUAA